AUGAAUCAAUUAUUAAAUAAUUUAAAAAAAAUCAAAAUUAAUAAUUUAUUCAAAAAAACAAAAAAAAAUAUCGAUUUCGAAAAAGAUUUAAACGAAAAUGAAAAACAUAUAAUAGGUUAUUUAAAACAAGUAUUGCAAUAUCACAAUAGAAAUGAUAUAGAAUUAAGAGUUGCUGGUGGUUGGGUCAGAGAUAAACUAUUGAAUUAUAAAAAUAAUAAAUUAGAUUUAGAUUUUGCAAUUAAUAAUACUACAGGGGUAGAGUUUGUAGAGAUGAUUCAAAAAUAUAGAACAGAAAAAGAACUUAAAACAGUCUACAGCGAAUAUACAAUUAAAAUGAAUCCAGAGAAAUCAAAACAUUUAGAAACUGUAUCAAUUACAAUUGACGAUUUUACAAUAGAGUUUAAUGCACUUAGAUCAGACUUUUAUGAUGAAAACUCAAGAAUACCUCAAAUUCAAGUAGGAACCUUAUUAUCUGAUUCUCUUAGAAGAGACCUAACUAUCAAUGCCUUGUUUUAUAAUAUAAAUACAUUAAUGGUUGAGGAUCAUUCUGGAUAUGGUUUAGCAGAUCUUGAAAAUGGUAUAAUAAGAACCCCACUGGAACCUUUCAACACCUUAACUGAAGAUCCACUUAGAGCCUUUAGAAUAUUAAGAUUUGCAACUAAAUUUAAUUUUAAAAUUGAACCAUUAUUAUAUCAACAUAUUAAAACUAUCAAUAAUAAUAUUAUUAAAAAAGUUAGUAAAGAAAGAAUUUAUACAGAGUUUUUUUUAAUGAUGUCGGUCAGGGAAUAUUCAGAGCAGUAUUUUAGCUAUUUAUUAGAUACAGGUAUAAUUAAUUCAAUUUUUAUAGUUAAUGAUUACAUUCCAUCAUCAGCUACUUUGGAACAAUCAGUAGAGAUAUGGAAAGAUUCAUUAGAGUUUAUCAAAACGUCAAAUAACCUAUUCCCAAACACAAAAGAAAUAGAAAACUUAGAUUUUUAUAUCACAUUAAUAUUCUACCCAUUAUAUAAAAACUGUAAAUUAAAAAAAACCGAAAUCAUAUCAGUUUUAAAAGAAUUUAAAUCGCCAUCCAAGUUAAUAAAGCAAAUGGAAAGGAGUUUUGAAGUAUCAGAAUUGUUUUCAAUUUUAAUUUUAAAAUAUAUAAAUCAACUAAAAGAUUCAUCAAAUAGCAACAGGGACCAAAAGAGUUUAAAAGAAUUUUUAAAAGAAGAGGAACAAGAAAAUGAAAUAUAUGAAUUAAUAUUUAGCAUUAAAAAAUAUCCAGAUUGGAGAUUAUCAUUAUACCUAUCACUAGUAGAUUUAAAAUAUAGGAUAAAUAAUAACAAAAUAAUAAUAGAUGGUUUAGCGGUUAGUAAUAAUAGUAAUAAUAAUAUUAAAUUAAUAAAUCUUUUAGAAGAAUCAUUGGAAAUCAACAGUAAUAUAAAUGAUGAAACCAAUAUAGCAAUAAAAAAACUAAUAAAUAAUAGUAAUGUAAAUGGAUGGUUAAAUUCAGUUUUAGAUAGUUUUAAUGAAUUAUUCGAAAGCCACUGUAUUCCAUUGUCACAGGUUCCAUUUUUGAUGGAUGGAAGAGAGUUGAUGGAUUUAUUCCCAUCGAUUAAAGAAAAGCAAGCAAAAGACAGCAGGUUUUUAAAUCAACUAAUUAAAACAACUUACUUUUAUCAAUUAAAAAACAACAUUAAAACUAAACAAGAACUAAUAAAUUAUUUAAAUAAAGAUUUUUUAUAA